ACGUAACUCUUUGUGUCGCUAAUGUCACAGCCGUCUCUAAACUCAAAUGGGUUGCAUUUGUGGCAAAGAUUCCAUUUAUGUGGAUAAUCGCAAAUUUAACUUGAAGCAACGCAUCGGAGAGGGGUAACUGAAAUUUACCCAAAUUUAAAUAACUAACAUUCAUGUGUAUACAAGUGAUUAAAAUGUCAGUAGUCUUAACUGUUAGUGACAAAGUCAAAUGAAAAUUUAAAAAGUAAUGGCGAACUCGGUGUCUACUCAUUUUCGGUAAUUCUGAGUGACUCUGACUCAUAAUAAAGAAUAGUUAUGUAACAUAAUAAAACAACAAGGUAUGGGAAAAUCUGAUAAAAGGCUUCUUGCAAACUAGAGACAGACCGAAAGUGAUUUUCUGAUUUAAAUGACUUUUGGCCAAAACCGAAAGUUAACAUUUCCCGAAAUUUAACUUUUUAGUUUCCGCCGAAACUUAAAUAUUUAGGUAUUUUGAAAUUCGUCUAUGCAUACAUUCUACGAUGGGGGAACGGGAAAGUAUCAAUAUUUACAUUCUUUUUUAAAAAAAUGAGAUCAUCAUGAAUAUUAAUAAAUAAACAUUAAUGAAUACUUUGGCUUUUACUGUUUUAAUGUAAAAGUAAUGUAAAUUUCUUAAAAAUGUUUUGUUAAGUAGUAAGAUAAGAGAAAAUUUAGACCGGGGGAGGGCAAAAUUCAUGCAAAAUAGACCCUUGAGUACCCUUUUCUUUUAUAAUAAAAUAUCAAUCUAGAACAUUAACAUAUACCUAUAAUUUAAUGCCAUAAUGCCAUAAUAAUUAUUGUGGCUCUACUAUAGAAAUAUCACCACAAUGUUUUGCGGUUUUCGUCAUACUAUUACUAAUAAUGCUUUAUGUUUUCAUAAAUAGCUGACCAGAUACCCCUGUAUUAAUAUUUAGCCUAGUACCAAAAAUUAGUCUUACCGUGCUGGUGACGUAAUGAUUUCCCUCAUCUCCCUUGGUGGGGGAGAUUUUUUAUGUUUAAUAUAAUCCCUAACACUAUCUUAUUUUAUUCAGUGCCAAUCAAAGUCAACUUAGGUGUCAGUUAACCAAUGAAGUCCCUCCUUUCAAAUUAGAACUUAUCUUCCACAGUCUUUAUUUGCCUACUAUGAGAUGACCCACAACUGCCAAUAAAAAUUCAAAAGGAAGAGGGCUGCAGAGGGGUGUCACUUUUUUUCUUUAUAGGGAGAUGCAGUAUUUUGGGACAAAUGAAUAGUUUUUUAGUUUUUUAUUUUGUGGUAGUGAGCUGCAAAAACUUGGCCCUUUAUUCCUAGCUGAACUGUAACAGCAGUGUUACCGUACGUCAAGAUCAUGUGCAACCGCCAUUUCUCUGGUUUACACCUCAUAGCAAAAUCCCUGGUCUGCUCAUUAAGUUUCACUGGUCAGCUAUUAUGUUUCUCUGGUCCGCUCAUUAUGAAGAGCCAGAAUGAUCAAUACAUUGAUCAUGGGCCCUCAAAAUAUAGAAGAUACCUCAGCCACCUAGUGCGGCUAAGACAUUGGUUGCUCUCUGAUGUCGGUGGAAUUCUAUUACGUAGCCAAGUCUAAUACUUCACAUCUGGCGCUGUUUCCCUGGUCAGCUGCUUACCAGGAUGAAGUCAUACUGACCACAAGACAUCCAAACUCAUGACCAGUAAACACAGAGAAUAGUGAACACACAGAUAAUUGAACACAUAUACAAGUGAACCCCUGGACAACUGAAGACAAAAAAAAUCUAAUAUGCUCAUGCACCUAAGUAAUCAUACGGCGCGCCUCAACAACCUCAACAAUGAGGGAUGUUGCAACCAAAUAUCGCACUCUGUGGUUUCCAAAGAUGCUGUAUCAAAUUCCGUCAUUGGAUUCAGGAAAAUUGACUGCAGUAGACUGAAAUAAUAUGUACAACUAUUUUUUGCAUUUUCGUACCCAAGCUGGGAGUCAAAAACUGGUUUGAUGUCUUUUUUCCAAAAUAAACUUUUUUUUUAACGACUUUUCAUUGUUGGCUUUUAUGACCAUUAACAGCCCCAGAGUGCACCCAAAGUCAGGCUGACAUAAAUUGGAGUGAAUUGGGACUGCAAAAUUUUUUGCUGGUCACAAACCUGAUGAUGGGGCAAGUAAAUCUCACACCUAAAAAAUAUAAAAACUUAUGGCAAAUCAAAAUCUGUUCUACUUGCAACAGUCUCACAUCUGUUAAGCUCAGUGGUCAUCAUGGAUUCUGAUUACUGCCUCUGCAUUUGCCCCCGAAAUGUGUAGAAGUGAGUUUGGACUUGUCCAUGAUACUUGACCGUUGGACAAAGUUAUCUAUGUGCUCACUUGUCAGUGUGGUCACUUGUCGGUCCAUUCACUCGUCAUGGGUUUAGUUAUCUGGGAACUGUGUGGUGCAUUGGUCAGAAAUCAAUUUCUAACCCGCCCCAACCCCACCCCACUUUAAGAGAAAAUUUCUGUAUAUUCCAAACGCACUGAGGAGGAAGGGCUCAAUGUUAUUUUUAUUAUUAUUAUACUACAACCAUCGGCCAAAGAUUGUUGGUAAAUACAUAAAGUAGGAAAUCCAUUAAAAAAGAGAAGAAACAUUGCAGGUAUAUUUUUAAAAUCUUUUUUAAAUAAAACUUUCCUUAUUUCUGGUAAAAAAAAAUUUAAGUGAGUGUGUGAAAGGUGAUGGGAGUGGAGGGCUGAACUUUGCACCAUCCAUUAAUACUUCACUGUAUUACACCACUGCAAGCUGACGCCUCCAUGUUAUAGUCUGACUGGACCUUACUUUUACUGUACCGGUACGAAUAUUGCUUCAGGUCUGAGACUGUGGAAAAGUGAAAAGUUUGGCCACUCACCAGCUGAAUAGACAAUAAACAACCUUAGCGAUUGAGUGAUUUUUAAAAAAAAAAUUUAUAUUAAAAAUCCAUCUAAAACUAAAAAAAUACAUGACAGACUAAUUGGAAAGCAAUAAAUACUUGUUCUCUUAACUAUAGGAAGUUUUUAACUGAAAGCAAUAAAUACUUGUUCUCUUAACUAGAGGAAGUUUUUAACUGAAAGCAAUAAAUACUUGUUCUCUUAACUAUAGGAAGUUUUUAACUGAAAGCAAUAAAUACUUGUUCUCUUAACUAUAGGCAGUUUUUAACUGAAAGCAAUAAAUACUUGUUCUCUUAACUAUAGGAAGUUUUUAACUGAAAGCAAUAAAUACUUGUUCUCUUAACUAUAGGAAGUUUUUAACUGAAAGCAAUAAAUACUUGUUCUCUUAGCUAUAGGAAGUUUUUAACUGAAAGCAAUAAAUACUUGUUCUCUUAACUAUAGGAAGUUUUUAACUGAAAGCAAUAAAUACUUACUGAAAGCAAUAAAUACUUGUUCUCUUAACUAUAGGAAGUUUUUAACUGAAAGCAAUAAAUACUUGUUCUCUUAACUAUAGGAAGUUUUUAACUGAAAGCAAUAAAUACUUGCUCUCUUAGCUAUAGGAAGUUUUUAACUGAAAGCAAUAAAUACUUGUUCUCUUAACUAUAGGAAGUUUUUAACUGAAAGCAAUAAAUACUUGUUCUCUUAACUAUAGGAAGUUUUUAACUGAAAGCAAUAAAUACUUGCUCUCUUAACUAUAGGAAGUUUUUAACUGAAAGCAAUAAAUACUUGUUCUCUUAACUAUAGGAAGUUUUUAACUGAAACUGAAAGCAAUAAAUACUUGCUCUCUUAGCUAUAGGAAGUUUUUAACUGAAAGCAAUAAAUACUUGUUCUCUUAACUAUAGGAAGUUUUCAACUGAAAGCAAUAAAUACUUGUUCUCUUAGCCAUAGGAAGUUUUUAACUGAAAGCAAUAAAUACUUGUUCUCUUAACUAUAGGAAGUUUUUAACUGAAAGCAAUAAAUACUUGUUCUCUUAGCUAUAGGAAGUUUUUAACUGAAAGCAAUAAAUACUUGUUCUCUUAACUAUAGGAAGUUUUUAACUGAAAGCAAUAAAUACUUGUUCUCUUAACUAUAGGAAGUUUUUAACUGAAAGCAAUAAAUACUUGUUCUCUUAACUAUAGGAAGUUUUUAACUGAAAGCAAUAAAUACUUGUUCUCUUAACUAUAGGAAGUUUUUAACUGAAAGCAAUAAAUACUUGUUCUCUUAACUAUAGGAAGUUUUUAACUGAAAGCAAUAAAUACUUGUUCUCUUAACUAUAGGAAGUUUUUAACUGAAAGCAAUAAAUACUUGCUCUCUUAACUAGAGGAAGUUUUGAACUGAAAGCAAUAAAUACUUGCUCUCUUAACUAUAGGAAGUUUUGAACUGAAAGCAAUAAAUACUUGCUCUCUUAACUAUAGGAAGUUUUGAACUGAAAGCAAUAAAUACUUGCUCUCUUAACUAUAGGAAGUUUUGAACUGAAAGGGCUUAAUUAUGUGCACUUGAAAAUGGCGUUUAAUUUAUGUGCGAAAAUAUGAGAUUACCUUCCUUGCGUCCUUUUUUCAAGUUUUCCCUAUACCUUAUUUCCCCAAUUAUUUUUCCUUAUUAUCACUUUGACUCAGUUACUCACUCACUGCCUACAUAGUCUAAGACUGGAGUCUAGUCGUAACUAAUGUCUUUACAUUUAAUUAAUCUUAACUAUUUGAGUCCAAGUCCUUAAAUUUUUUGAGGCCUAUAAAUUACAAUAGUAUAAUUAAAUAGACCUAUCAGCAUUUACCAAAUUUUUGUUCUACGUUGCUCCUGAGCAUAUUAUUGUUAAUUAUUAAUAGAUUUAAUGUGACACACACACCACCCCCUCUACUAAGUAAAGGCUUUAGCCGAAGAGCAUAAAUUUAAAAAAUGGGUCUCGGAGAUAUUAACCCUCUUGAGACGAUACGGCCAAUCUAUCCUCCCAAGAGUUGAAUGACGAAAAAAGUGAUUUCCCGAUGAAUCGGCCCAAUAAGCGCAGGCUGCUUCGUACAUUUCUUGCACAAAGUACAUUUUAAUGGCAACUUCCAUUGAUUAUUUGAGGAUUCUGUUGUUUACAUUGAUUUUUGUGUGUUUCAAGUAGAUCGUAAAAUUACAACAUGUCUGACAGUGACACUGAUCAAAGUAUCCUUAGUGAUUCCGAUUUCUCCCUGCUAAGCAGUGAUUCUGACACUGAUGAAAACAACCAGGAAUGUAAUGAAGAAGCUCAAAAUGAUGAUGGUGAUGAUAAUUUUGUGGAUCCGUGGGUAAGGAUAAGGGAUCCUGAACUGGAUAGAGAUGACCCCUAUGAAUUUUUAGAAGAUAUAGGACCUAUAAAUAUGCCACAUAGCAUAAGCACCCCAGUGGAGUAUUUUAUGCUAUUUUUUACACCAAAUACCAUUCAAAUGUUUGUGAGAGAGACCAAUAGGUAUGCAGACAACUUUCUCAGUAACACGCAGCUCAAAAGAAAGUCCAUAUGUCAUAAAUGGGUGCCUGUUACAGAGAGUGAAAUGAAGGCAUUUAUGGCCAUGAUUUUGAACAUGGGCUUGAUCCGUAAAGCCACAAUCAAGUCUUAUUGGAGUACAUCAAGCUCACAGAGAACACCAUGGUUUCGCCGAGUCAUGGGCAGAGAAAGGUUUGAAUUAAUCUUGAAAUUUUUUCACCUGUUUGACAGCACACGUUUGGAUAGACCUGGGCAAGAUGGCCUUGACCCUAGCUCACAGUUAAAUUCACUAGUUGAACAUGCUAAUCAUGUUUUUCCACAACAUUAUAAACCACAUAGAGAGAUAUGUAUAAAUGAAAGCCUAAUAGGGCAAACAACCGAGACCCAGUUGAUCCAGUAUCUCCCAAACAAGCAUAAAUGGGGAGUAAAACUUUAUAUGCUUUGUGAUUCCGUGUCAACCUAUCUACUUGGAUUUUUCGUCUAUAAGGAUAAGGGAGAUAACAUCAGUGGCCAUGCAGACAAUGAUCAUGCCCUUGCUCAAAGAGCUGUUAUGAAAUUACUAAGAUUGGGCUCAUAUUUGAGGAGGGGAUAUCACCUUUUUUUGGACAAAUUUUUCACAAGUAUGCCACUUGUGCGUGAGUUAGCCGAGUAUGGCACGCAUAUUACUGGAACUAUACGCCACAGCAAAAAAGAAUUUCCAAAAGAUUUGACAGUCAAAAUGCAACCUGGGGAGAUCAUUACAUACAGGCAAGGCGAAACACUGGCAACGGCGUACCGAGAGAAUUUCCAGAAAAACUCUGUGCUGUUAAUAUCCACGAAGAAUAAAGCAGACACAAGAGAAGUGCUAAUUCGGCGGAGGGGCGUACCACAAGGGGGAGGUGCACCACAGAGGGCAAAAAAACCAGUGACUCUUUUGGACUACAAUACAAAUAUGAAUGGAAUUGAUCAGAAAGACAUGAUGCUCUAUUUUUAUCUUGAUGAAAGGAGAACCAUCAAGCAUUGGAAGAGGGUUACAUUCAGUAUUAUGUCAUGUAUGCUGCACAAUGCCUACAUUCUGUACAAAGAACACUCAACUUCAAAUAUGGAUAGAUAUAAAUUUAACACUUCAGUCAUUGAAGCACUUAUCUCAGAACACAUGGGUGAUAAAGAUAUUAAAGAUGAAUCGGAAGAUGCCAUCGAACGAGGUGUGUGUCCAGUGCCCAACCAUGGUGAAAGGGACUGCUGCGUUUGCAGCAACAGAAAAAUAGCGGGAGGCAGGAAAAGGAGUAGAACAAUGUGCCAGAGGUGUCUGAAAGGCCUCCAUGGGCCUUGCUUCCCAAAACACAAGUGUUAGGACUUAUUCAGGCUUCAUCCAUCAAAUAAUUCUCCCAAAAUUUACAAGUAAGUCGUGUUUAUUCUAAGUGUAACCAAACAUUACAUGCAUAAAUUAUGCAAAUCAUAAUAGCUAAUUUGAAUAAUGUUGAGAUUUCAGUUUCAUUGAUAAAGAUUGUGUUACUUCAUUCAAUACAAGAAUAUAUAGUGUCUUAUAAGAGUUAUUAGAGUAUUUUUUAUUUUAAAAAUGUGCAAUAUAAAUAUAAGUGUCGGGCUUGUGAUAAAGGCUUUGUCAAUUUGGCAUCGAAACACCAAAAAAGGCUCUGUCUCAAGAGGGUUAAAUUUAAAUUACAUGAGCUGUUUUAGUCAAUUUUGAAUUGACAGUGUGCUUAUAGCAAGGCCACAAGAUUCAACUUUGUAUAAAACCUACAACACCAGCAACAAAGGACAAACAGUAAAGUUAGUAGCACUGUUUUUUUUUCCUAAAAGAUCCUGUCACCCCCCCCCCCCCCCCCCCCCCCCCCCCCCCCCCCCCUUAAAGGAAACACAUUUCCUACCCCCAGAGCCUUCACCUUAGCCUUGGCCUUGCACCACCCAUGGCUGCAGAGGCCUCGGAUAUUUAUUUAAGGGAUCUAAAAUUGUGAUAUGGAAAAAAUUAAAUAAACUAUUAACUUUGAAUGCAGGGUUUACAAAAUUGAAAAGUGUCAGUAGGCCUCUCAAAAGUCACACAAUGGUUCAAAUCUUCAAAUUGCUUUGGGGAAACACUGGUCUAUAGGAUUAAUUAAUAAGAUAAUUCACUAGCCCAGCAGCUAUAAAUAAGAAUAAUGAAUAGGCAGGCCAUUUUUUAGAUACGCUAAUUUAAGGGCUAUCAAUAAUAUGUUAAAAUAAGUUAUAGAAAAUUUAGAUGGGUCUUAGGCUUUCACCUGAAAUUUAAUGAGUUCCAAAUUUCAAAUCAUUUAAUGAGUAUCAUUAUGCCCUAUGGCAGUAGCAGUGCUGUCCAACAUGUGUUGAUUCUUGAGCCUGUGUGGGUAACCAAAUUUUAUUUAGUGGGACCAGGGCUGCAUUAGUAAAUUCCAAAAGGACUUUCAAUGAUAUAUCAAUACACACAGCAACCGAAAAGACUCAAAGCUGUAAAAUAUUCUUUCACUUCGUUUAAAAAUUAAUGAAAAAAUUUUAUAUCUAAGCCCUAAAGUCAAAAUGCGUUAACAUUCUUACCUAUUAUUAUUAACCCAAGGUAUUUUUGUCCAUCAUUUCAGUGGAUUUAGUUAUGUAGAUUUAGUUGAAGAUGCUCAAACACACAAAGCCUAUGCCCUCAAGAGAAUCUUGUGUCAUUCCAAGGAAGAAGAACACAUAGCACUGCAGGAAGUUCAGAUCAUGAGAGAAAUCAAUCACCCAAAUGUUGUGCCUUUGGAAUGUUAUAGCAUCCACAAAGUGAACUUUCACACUCGAGCUGUUGAUAUUACUUGUGAAGUGUUUGUUAUCAUUCCUUUCUACAAGGUCAGGAUACUCUUAAACAUUUUAUUUUAUUUAUACAUUUAAACAAAAUUUGUAUGGUUGAAAAAAAAAAAAAAUUCAUCGUGAUAUGAUCUGAGCUGUGGAAUGAUCUUUGUUUUUCUUUUUUUUUUUUUGACAAGACUUUAUAGAAUAACUUUUUUUAUUAGGUAAUUCUAUUUUUACGGAUUCAUGUUUUAAACAAGUCCAAAACAUUUUAAAAUAGUUAAAAAAAAAAAAAAAUUCAUUGUGAUUUUAUCUGAGUUUUGGAAUGAUUUUUGUUUUUUUUUUUUUUUUUGUGACAAGACUUUAUAGAAUAACUAUUUUUAUUAGGUAAUUCUAUUUGUACGGAUUCAUGUUUUAAACAAGUCCAAGACAUUGUAAAAUCUCUUGAAAAUGCCAAAGGAGUACACAUUACUCUUAAAUUGAUCAUAGAUUAAAACUGAAUUACCGGUAAGUAUGUGUUGAGUCAUCUCAUUCAGUCAUGUGACUUGCUCAUUGGCAGAAAGGCACCUUGCAAAAUCGUAUUGAUACCCUCAAGCUUAAAGAAGAGCAUUUCAGUGAAGACUUAAUCUGGAAACUUAUGUUGGGCAUAUGUCAAGGUGUAAAGGCUAUGCAUGACCAUACGCCUCCUUUUGCUCAUAGGUAAGAGUCUUAAAGUUAAAGACACAAAAAUUUCAGUUCAAAUUAAUAAAAAGAUGCUGCAGAUUGAUAGCUCUACAUCUUUUACUUUUUAAAAAAUAAUCCUAUGGAAGAAAAAUCUAUAUUUUGAUGUCUGUAUUUACAAUGUUUUCGAAUAAUACAGUUUUUAAAUAUGUAGCUUAAUAAAAGUGAAGACAAUCAUAGAGUACUCUGUAUAUUGUUAAAACUUCAGCUGCCUUGGUAACUGUCAGACAUUAAGUACCAUGGAAUGUUGCUUUAAUUGUAUUCUAUUUAUCAGAGAUCUAAAGCCUGACAAUGUAAUGACCCAAGAAGAUGGGACUCCUGUUGUUAUGGACUUAGGCUCUGCUGCUCCUGCUCGUUUAGAAAUAAAGACAGCAAGAGAAGCAUCAUCAUUGCAGGUGUGCUUUUUUGAAAUUCAAUACCGACAGCGAUAAUGUUCUGUUUGACUACCAGUUCAGACAUUUAUAUUUUGCAAAUUGGUUGGUUUGGAGUUUGUGCUUAUGGAUGAUACAAAUCUAUCAAUACAUGUUUGAAUUGGUAUCUGCUCAUUAUGAACGUCAGUCAUAAAUGUUUAAAAAUAUAUGAAUAAUUUUUUCAUGUUAUAUAUUAUAAUAUAUUAAAAUUUGGCUGUGAUUUAAAGAAUCAUUCCUCAGAACAUAUCUGCCAUUCCUAGACUCCCUAAAUCAUUUGUUUCAUGAAAAACUUAACCUGAAUGAUUUAAUUUGAAUAAAACUUCCAAUUCACUUCCUCAAUCAUUCACUUAUGUUAGGAACAUCUCACAAUAAUUAUAUAAGAAAGAUUGCACCAUAAGUAUUUAUUAGGAAGAUUGCAUCAUAAUGUUGUUAGGUAGAUAGCUAUCACUGUAGGACUGGUUGGAGUUUCUGCUACAGUUUCUCCUUGUAAUUUACAAUGUAUUUGUAGGAUCUAGCAGCAGAGAGAUGUUCAAUGCUUUUCAGAGCCCCAGAGUUGUUCACAGUUGAAACUAAUACAACAAUAGAUGAACGGACGGACAUAUGGGUUAGUUGCUGGACACUUUUUUAAGUUAAAAGCUUAUCUUUUUUAGUCUAUAGCUUGCAACAUUUAUAAAUUUAACAUUUUAUUGCAUUACCCAAGAAAGAAUUGAGAACUACCUAGCACAAAUAUUUCCAUCAAAGUUUAAAUUUAUUAGAAUGAUUUUUCUUUGUAUUUCAGUCUUUAGGCUGCCUUCUUUAUGCUUUGGCAUUUUUGGAAUCUCCAUUUGAAAGUGCAUACCAACGUGGAGACAGCUUAGCACUAGCCACAAUGGCAGGCAAAAUUACAUUCCCUGAAAAUUCUAGGUAAUUGUCUUAAGUUUGACAGUUUAUCAAAGUGUUUUUGUUUGUAAACAAGAUACGUACAAGAUAUGUACAAGAUAUAUACAAGAUAAAUACAAGAUAUGUACAGUACAAGAUAUGUACAAGAUAUUUGACAUUUUUAAAAAACAAACAUUAUGCUUUCCUGAUGCAGAUUCCAAGACUCGCAUCAAUUUAUUGCUUAGUCAAAUAAAACUAGUAGCCUUUGAAAAAGAAGGGCUUUCCUUACCUUUUACUGCUGUUUAGUUACCACAUUGAAAAAACUGUGUGUGAGGCGGCAUUGAAUGUAGGUCACAUUUUCCCCCACAUGCAGGUCUGAUGCCCUUUUCUUAAUUAACAGAUUUUUAUAAGUAAUAUACCAUUUUGUAGAUAAAUUAAUUUUCUUUAAGAUAAAUCUUAAAUCCAUUGACCUUCGUUCGUGGGAGGCACUUGCCAUGGACUGUGCAAGAGAAAAGCAUUAAAAAAUGAUUAAAAUGUGCUUACUUACGUUCAAUUUUUGAAAUUCCUAAACAUUGAAUUAUUAUUUACACUGCCCAUAAUUUAUGUAUUCACAUCUACACCAAAUGAGAAAAAGGUUUCCAAAUUUGUACAAAUCAGCAAUCGGAUAAACACAUCUCCAACUUAUUUACCGUAUGUUUGCUUUUGGUUACCUUGUUGCUCGUUACCAUGAAAAAUAUUUGCCAGCUACCCUCAAAAUAACAAAGAAUACAUUUAUUGUUGACAUUCUAACUGUACCAUUUAGUUUUUUUUAGUUAACUUCCCUUCAGUCAAUAAAAAUCUGAAACUAAGAAUAUAAAUAUAUCACUAGUUUUAUUAUGAAACAAACCGUGAUGCUCAUAGAUGCAGUGCCGUCUUAAGGCAUGGGUCCACUGGGUGCUCACGCUUCUAGGGGGCCCCACGGUUAUAGAAGACUCACUCAUUUAGGGGUAUCAUGCUGCACAGAUUUUUAAUGAAUAUUGAAAGAUUUUGGCUAUUCAAUUUGAUUUAAAAUUUAAUGGACAGCACAUUUGCCAGUUUUAACCCACGAUAUUAUCGAUACAUUGCAAAAUUAAUAUUAUAAAUGGGAAUCACAAGUUGAAUAUUUCUUCUUAAAAGGGAAUAGCUCUUGUCAACAAGUUUCACUUCUCCCAGAUCAUCAUCAUCAUGUCCCUUAGUCCUUGGACCAUUCGGGCGCCACAGAUGACAUGUGAACUAUCCUCCGCCAUUCGUCUCUGUCUUCUGCACUACGCAUUGCAUCGCCCAGUGUUAGUCCUGUCCACUCUUUGAUGUUAUCCUCCCAUCUUUGUCUUUCUCCCAGAUAUGAAUUAAAAAAAAAAAAAAAAGUAAGAAAUUUGUGUUUACAUCAUGUUAGACUAAGAUGUUAGUGCACCAGGGGCGAUUGGCCCUCUACCCUCAUUCGCAUGGCCCCAAACAUUUAGAGGGUUAGGGGCCUCAGUGCAUUCUGUGCCCAGGGCUUCCGCUUUUGUAAAGACGGCUAUGCAUAGAAGGAAACUUUGUUGCUACCGGUGGCUUAUGGUAGUUUACCAGUUAAGAUUGCUGUAUUACUACUUGGAAUGUCUCCAAAGCUUAUUGCAUUUUUGCUUCUCUAGCCCAGCAGUUUUUAAUACUAGUUUUUAAUUUUGAUUCUUUUGCCUCUUAUAUCUGUUACUAUUGCAGCUAUUCCAGCCGUGUACCUGAAAUUAUUUUGUGGAUGCUAAAGCCCAAAGCAGUUGACAGACCAUUUAUCGAUCAGGUGAUUGAAAGAAUUCACUCCACGCAGCAUCUAGAGGAGAAUCGUGUUUGACUGUGAAUUAAAAUGUUUUACACUAUUCCUUUUUGUUUAAAUGUACAAGGUUUAGCUUGACAUAAAAAAAAUGUAUUAAUUUGGUCUCAAGUUCUUUGAAGCCAAAUCCCAGGAGGCAAGGCAAUGUCAUCUAUGUGUUAAAUCAAUACUUAACUUAUUUAAACCAUCGUGUUAAGCUUUAAACAGCUCCCUAUUUACCAUGCUGAACUUGACAUUUUUUGUAAAAUUUUACUUGUAAAUUGCAACAGAUUGUUAAUCCAGUGCAGUGAUCUUGAUGUCAAGGCCUGUUCUAAAGGUCCCUCAUUAUUUUAUUUUGAAAAUGUUGGGUUCAAAGAUAUCAGGUUGUGGUAUUUUAUUUUGAUUUCCUUGAUGAUGUUAGGUAAACAAAGACUCUUAUUUUUUAACCAUAAAGUUUUGGAUUCAAUAAGUUGAUGUAAGAUAACUGUUGAUUGUUUGUGUUUUCUGAAGAGCUGUAUUGAAAGUAUACAAUGACAUCACAUUUGUUUCAACCAUGCAUCUGCGGUGUUGGAGUCUGCAGUGUUGGAGUCUUGAUUACGGUUGAUUUAAAAUCCACCAUUCACAACAGCCAACAAUUUUUUUUCAAGGCUAAAUCCAAGAGAUUUUAAAAGUCUUUUUGAAUAUAGAAUUAGAAUUCAUUUAUUUUUCUUUACAAAAAAGUUUCAUGACCUAUUUUAAAUUAAAAAGCCUAGAUUUGUGGCACUUGACAGUUUGGUUUUGAACUAUUUCCAUGAGUAAAUAUUUCAUGUUCUCUGUGUGGCUUUUAAACAAAUCCUAUCCAUACAAAUGCCAUGCUUAUGAAAUGAUUAAUGUAUUUACUAUAGCAAAAUAUUUAAUCAUUUGUUGUGAUUUUGUCAUUUCAGUAGGUCGGGAUACCGUUAUUAUUUGAAUCCCAACUUAUUAAAUCUUGACAAGAUCACAUAUUUUGGCCAGUAGAGGAGUUGCCUGUAACUAAUAAUUGAAAAACAAUGUAUUUUUUAAAAAAUAAACAUCUGCCUUCAAUAAUCAUAGAGCCCAAUAUAUAUAUAUAAUAUAAUAUAUAUAUAUAUAUAAGCUAAAGUAAAUGUGCUCGGAUCAAUUGUGUUUCAUUCAUACUUUCAAUGAUUUUUUUUCUUCUUUUGAAAUUGUACAUGAGGACAGUGGAUUAUAACUAUGUAUGAAAGAAACUAUUUCAAGGUGCAAUACAUUUAUGAUGCUAUACAAGAAUGUAUAAAUUCAGUAAAUUAGGUUAUAUUUUAUGUUGGUUGAAUGAUUCUGAAAAGUACCGGUACAAUCAAUAUAUGAUUCUGAAAAUACCGGUACAAUCAAUUAUCUGUACAAUAAGUUCAGUGAAAAUUUUUAUGAACCUUAUGAUGAGGAUAUUGUUUUGUAUAUAAUUUUUAGAUUAUAAUCUUCUUUUGCCACUUUCUGGGAAAAAACAAAAGAUGAACUAUUUAAAUUUAAAAGAAAUAUGGACUGCAAUUUUAUUUGGAUUGCUCAGAAUUAAUUUCAGAGAACUAAAUCAGCCAUUUCAUUUGGAUUACUGAAAAUUAAUUUUUGUAGAGAACUAAAUCUACAUUCCAGUUAAUCAUGUAUUAACUUGUUGGGAACAUAUUCAAUUUCGUUUCAAUAAAAUAUUUUCUAUACUAUAAGC